AUGUCGAAUAACAUGUCAAAGCCAACACCCGAAUGGAGGUUUUGGUAUUCGUCGAAGAAUCUGGAGCUGGGCAUGGGAAGAGAGGCGACUUCGGUGUACGGAGCUCGCGGAUUCGAUCUGCCAACACGUUCCAAUCAACGCGGUUCAGCCCCUCCUUCUCCCUAA